AUGAAGAAUCAUUAUUCUUCUGUUUUUCCCCUAGUUAGAGAUAUGUGCGUCAAAGGCAUGGUGGUUGAUGAGUGCACCCUCAAUGUUGUGAUUAAUUGUUAUUGUCUGGUGGGUCGAGUGGAUUUGGGGUUUUCUGUACUGGGUGGAUUCUUUAAGCGUGGUAUUGUGCCCAAUGUAGUCACCUUUAAUACUCCACUCAGAGGACUGUUUCAAGAACAUAAGGCUCUCCAGGCACACGAAUUGUUCAAAAAGAUAAUAUAUGAAAAACUUUGUGAGCCCGAUGAAGUUACGUCUGGGAUUGUGAUACGUGGACUUUGUCAGAAGGGAAACACUGGAACUGCCAUUGACUUCCUCCGAGCAAUGGAAAAACAAAAAAGACCAUGUAAACCUAAUGCAAUUAUUUACAGUACCAUCAUUGACAGCUUGUGCAAGGAUAAAAUGGUUGAUGAAGCUCUUGCCCUCUUACAGGUUUAUAAAAUUGUUCCAGAUGUUAUUACUUUUAGUAUAGUGGUGGAUGCACUAUGUAAGGAAAGGCAUAUAGAAGAUGCUGACGAGAUAGUCCAGAUCAUGAUCCAGCAAGGUCAAAAUCCCGACCGGGGCACACACAGUUCCUUAAUGGAUGGGUACUGUUUACAGAGGCGAAUAGAUGAUGCAAGGAGAAUUUUCAAUACCAUGGUUGCUAGUGGCCUUACACCUGAUCUCCAUAGCUAUGGUAUUCUAAUAAAUGCCUAUUCCAAGACCAAGAAAGUGGAAGCAGCCAUGAAUCUCUUUCGAGAGAUUCGACAUCAAGGUUUAACACCUAAUAUCGUUAUUUAUAACACUGUGUUGCAGGGGUUAUUUAGUUCAAGAAGGAGGCUCGAUAGUCCCCGACAUCUUUUCAAAAAUCUCUUCCUCAAAGGAUUGGACCCUCAUGUCAAAACAUACAAAACCAUGAUUGCUGGCCUGCUUUCAGAAGGUUUGCUUGUCGAAGCUAAAGAGCUUGUUGCAAAAAUGGAAGAGAAGGGUUGCCUGGCAGAUAGUGUUACAUACAAUGUUAUUCUGCAUGGACUCCUUACGGGAGGUCAUUAUGAGGACGCAAUGGCCUAUUACGAAGAAAUGGUUCACAGAGUAUUCUCUUUGGAUGCAUCUACCUUUUCCAUUUUACUUGAUUCUGCUACUGAAAAAUAG